AUGGACCACGAGAAGCCUUCAACAAGAUUUACGGACCUCCCCACCGACAUCCUGCGAGAAAUCAUCUCACAUCUCGAUAACGACGGCCUCCUACAGCUAGGGAGGACCUGCAAAGAUACUCACACUCUCGCGUUGAGCGAGUUUUUCUCCCGAAAUGACCUGCGAGAGCCCGAGGAAGGAUUCAUCGUCGCAUACAAGAAGCCUAUUGAGACCCUCCCCGCUCUCCGUGCUGCACUCUUCGUGAAGGACCUGCGACAACUUCACUUUUACCUCAAUCCAAAUCUCGACCGACUCAUCGGCGAGGUGGCGGAUUUGCGCUCUCUUGCCGCCCGAGUUUCGACCAUGGAGAUAGUCAGGCUUCACUUCUCGGUCGUAGACGGGUGGAUAGACGCGUAUGGUCAGUUCCCGUCCGACCGGAUGGACAGGAGGAUGUGGAAAGAGCUGUUUACGGGGCUGCUGGAUGGAAUUCUGAGCAAGUCAUGCACACAGCUUCUUGUGAGGGGUGGAGAGCGCCUCAAGGAGUUGUACUUGUUUGAACCAAAGCCAGUACGCACACUGCUACCUCCGAUCCGAGUUGAGACACGUCCAGCAUCAGUCAGAGAAGAGAAGAAUCAGAGGUCAUUCAAGAAAUUAUUCUGUCUAUUCCUUCAUAGGACAAGAAUGAAAGGGGGACACGUAGUGCAGAAGGUCGAAAAGCCAUUGUCAAAGGCGGAAGAACGUCUUUCCCCUUCUACACCGAGAAAUAAACUUAAGGACCUGGAUAUUCACUCUGACAUGCUUCUUCAAGAGCCUUUUCUUGAUUGGACGCUGUCACGAGUUGAGGCUGCCUCCGCAACAUUGACGAAGUUGUCCUUCAAGUGCAUCUCCGUUCCACGUGAGACGUGGCGGACCGUUCUCCAAACCCUCGUGCUUCCUCACCUGGUUGAGUUCGAAGUGUGCUUUGACUUGGUCGUAUAUGAGACGUGUGGCGCACGCUUCGUGGACGUCAUGCACUUUCUUUCACAACACCCUUCCCUAUCCAUCGUCCAUCUCCACGGAGUAGAGGUCCUCGUCCUCCCUAACGCCACCAUCAAGCCGAUCCUCCCUAAACUUACCAGCAUCACUGCCCAUCCGGUGUAUGUCACCUACAUCCUGCAGUGUUCGCGAAAUAGGCUACCUCACCUGUCUGCUGUGUGCAUCUCCACGGAGUACCUGCAAAUGCCUAAUUUCGACUACCCAUCCUUCGACACCGCCCUUAACUCCAUCGCCUCGUUCAAGUUCGCACAGCCUAUCACUCUGACGCUCCGGUUCCAAUCCCUCUACGGCGUCGAAGAGUGGUUUGCUGCUCACCGAGAGUUCGGGUCGCAGAGCCCGCUGGCAUCGCUGCACCAAGUCAACUCGCUCAUUAUUGCCUGCGCUUGGCACGUUGAUCUUCCGCACAGUGUCACAGCUAGCUUCGAUGCUUGGUUGGCACUGUUCCCAAGCGUCGAGAAGGUGGAGUUCACGGAGCAGGCGAUGGAUGACCCCAAGAAAUGCUUCCUUGACCCAGAGUUUCUGAAACGGCUUGCUUCGGCGUGUCCACAGCUGAAGGAGGUUGUUUCAGAGCGUAAGCUGGUAAGCGUCGCGAAUAUACGGGAGGAGCCUGCUUCAGGCGAGCAGUUACGCGGACCGAAGCGUAGUUGA